AUAAACAAGAUGUGAUAUAAGAUACUACGCCAUUGCUAAUACAGCUCACAAAUUCUGUCGACAGUUAACCACCUAUACAGUAUAUACCUAUAACAAUCCCGCGGUCUCAUCUCUCGAGAUGGACUUUAAAUUUUUAUUGUUUUUUGUUCAAAUGGCUGCAGUCACUAAAGCACACAUGUUUAGAAUAACAAACAACUGCUCGUUUACUGUAUGGCCUGGCAUACAAGGCAACCCCGGACACAAACAUCUCGAAAAUGGUGGAUUUUCGUUGGACCCUUACAGGACUCAUUUAGUUAUCUCGUCUCGAAAUUGGACGGGCAGGAUUUGGGGCAGGACCAAAUGCAACAGUAAAGGAAAAUGCGAAACUGGCGAUUGUGGGAGCAAGAUUCAAUGCAACGGGACCAGGGGCGUUCCACCCUUGUCCCUAGCUGAAAUAGAGCUCUCCAAGGUCGACGAAGUGGACUUCUACCACGUGUCGUUGGUGGACGGCUUCAACCUGCCGAUCAAGAUUAGACCUGUCCCAUUUUCAGAGUCCAUGAAAAAUGAUACCAACUGUCAGCUGGCUUAUUGUUUUUCUAACCUGAACAGCAGGUGUCCGGCCAAACUGGCUGUUAAGGCGGCCGAUGGCUCCAGCGUGGUGGCGUGCAAGAGCGCCUGUACGCUGUUUAACACGAAGUCUGACUGCUGCCAAGGUGUCUACACCACCCCAAAGACUUGUAACAGAAGCUCGUGGCCCAAAAACUAUCCGGCAUACUUCAAGUCAGCCUGUCCAUACUCCUACAGUUACCCAUUCGACGACACGUCCAGCAUACACACGUGUCAAGGCAAUGCUAAAACCAAGUACCACGUCAUAUUGGGAGGCCGUAUUAAUCCGGAAAAUAAAUGGGCGGAACGUAUAAAUUCCGGACCGUAUAAAUCCGGAACGUAUAUCGCCGGAAUCCAAAAGUGAAAAACCGUAUUUGGCCGGAACGUAUACCUCCGGAAUUAAAAAAAAUACUAAACCGUAUUUUCCCGGAACGUAUUUAUCC